AACGCAACAGUGUACGCUCCACGCUGAGAGACCAAUGAACGAGUAACUUACCGGCGGCGAGAAAUCCAAAGCUCCCCCCUCGCAGCACUCUUAUGGUUUAGGGUUUAUGUGGUCUAUCUACCUGUCUCCGCAUUUUCUUUGCAUUUCGAAGUCGUUUUUGCUUUGAUUUUCAUCCGAUUGCCUCCCCAAUUUUUCGGUUUAUGAGUUUUGAUCUGAAACCUAAUGGAGACGGAACUCUUGGAGACGUUCGAGGCCGCGAAGAAAGCCGCGGAGGCGGCGGAGGAUGGCCGGGGGUCGUCGGAGGUGGAUCGGUGCGUCGAUGCGCUCCGGCGGUUGAAGAAGAUGCCGGUCACGACGAAGGAUCUGGUGGCUACCCAGGUUGGCAAACGACUUCGCUUUCUAACAAAGCAUUCCCAGGAUAAGAUUCGGACAGUGGCAACUGAUCUGCUGCAGUUUUGGAAGAAUGUGGUUAUUCAGGAAACAUCUAAAGAUAAUAAAAAACUUGACACCCCACUGGAAAGAAUUCUUUUGAAGGCUGAAAGGAAGACUGAGCAAGCAGUGAAAAUCAAGUCUCAGAAAAUAUCAAAAGCUGGAUCCUUAGAGGGCAACAUUGUGUCAAAACCUAAAAGUGUUGAGGUUGAGAAGUUAAACUUUGACCAGGAAAUACAGCAUGGAAAAGUGUCCAGAACUGAAUCUGUAAGAAUAGAGAAGACGGCCAAUUCCAGCAAAUUUGAGAAAAUAAAUGGAGGAGAAAAACAGAAUCUUGAAGGGGUUUCCAAGGACGAAAAUCAGGAAAUUUUUUCUAGAAAACCACCAUCAACUGUCACUGCCUCAUUGAAGCUGGCAUCAAUCGUGAAAUGUAACAAUCCUGUGCGAGAUAGACUUCGGGAACUUCUUGCAGAAGCCUUUUCAAGAGUUUCUAAGGAAACAGCUGAGAGCGAAACAGAAGAAGUGAGAAACAUCCAGGAUGAAGUUGAUGCAUGUGACCCAAUUCAUAUAGCUGUUGCCUUGGAAUCUGUUUUGUUCGAGAAAUUAGGCACCUCAAUUGGUGCUCAUAAACAUAAAUACAGAUCCAUAAUGUUCAAUUUGAAGGACAACAAUAACAAAGACUUCCGGAGAAGAGUUCUCCUUGGGCAUGUGAAGCCUGAAGAAAUAGUUAAUAUGAUGGCUGAAGAUAUGGCCAGUGAUGAGAGGAAACGUGCAAAUAAGCAGAUAAAAGAGAAGGCCUUAUUUGAAUGUGAAAGAGGAGCAGCUCCUAAGGCAACAACUGACCAGUUCAAAUGUGGACGAUGUGGCCAAAGGAAGACCACAUACUAUCAGAUGCAAACUCGUUCAGCUGAUGAGCCAAUGACAACCUUUGUAACAUGUGUCAACUGCAAUAACCACUGGAAGUUCUGUUGAUUGCUGUCCUAAACUCCUUUCUUUAUCGGUAUGAUUGGGUGACUUGAGCUCAUGAUGGUUAUUUAUGUUGUCUGAUUAUCUUGUUGUCCCAAACUCGGGGGAUUUAAGAGCUGCUGAACAAUUGAUACUUUCUUUUUAUGCUAGGCUGGUUGCAUGUAUUUUAUAUAUUUGAUGUAAGAUGCUAUGUUGUAAUCUCAUGCACGUAGUAUGAUUUUUUUCAGCAGAUAAA